AGUUAGGAAGGCACGUGCGCCUAUAGGUUGCAUAAAUGUAUGCUUUUUGUAUUUUACGCGAUACAAUUAUCUAGACGGAAAAUUGCGUAGUCAGACAAAUCCUCUAUGAUUGAACUCAUCACGAGCAAUUAAUCACACACCUACGAUAUGUGAUAUCAGUAUUCUUGUAAGAUCUGUGGUUAGUCAUCCGCUACACGUUCGCUAGUAUCCUACAAAUUUUGUUGUCUAUUAUGUUGUCACACGACAUAUUAAUUAGAACUGGGAAUAUACUUUCCCUGAACGAGCCAAAAACAAAAGCAAGUCAAAAUCCAACGGAUGAGCUAAUUGAAACACUGAAGAUUGUGCUCAGAGAGAAUGAAGGCAGUGGUGAGAACCCAAUGAUUAUUAAAGGAAAAGAAGAUAAUGCUUUGCAAGAUAUCAAUAGAGAAGAUGUCAAGAUAACUGUGAAGGUAUUUAUGUCCUCACCCGAUGUAGACUUAUUGAAGGAAGCUAUUGAUCAAGUCUGUAAUUCUUUGAACACAAAUGCAAUCGAGUCUUUGGUUAUUGCCUAUGAAGGCAAAGAAAGUUCGGAAGAACUACUGACAUCUUUGAAAAAAUUAUGGGCUGGAGUAGAAGAAUAUGUAAAAAUUGGUAAAUUGUCCAGUGUUGGCCUGAGUGAUGUCAAUACAAAUGAAUUUAUUGAUAUAUUUCAGUGGGCAAAUGUGAAGCCUAAUAUUGUACAAAUUAGCUUAGCUACUUGCUGUGUUGUACCACCAGCUUUGCAGGAAUUCACUAAAGAAAAUGAUGUGCAGUUGUUGACUCACAGUGAUCCUGCCCAGAUUCUCCCACAAAAAGAGUUAAACGGAUUGAUAAACGACAAUGUAAGCUUAUAUUGGGUUACAAGAUACCAAGUUCAUCUGAAGUGUCGCGGUAUUUUAUCUUCAAAGGGCUACUUAAUAUACAUGAAGAAAAUAACAAAAUAAUAAUAAUUGUUCUUAUUACUAGUAUAAUAAGGCACUAGGUAACAAUCAGUUCUGUGGUACACAUUAUAUUAAUAUUUACAAUUAUAAACUGUUAUAAAUUUUGGUGUUUCGUACUUACCGAAUCCAUAUUAUAUUUGUAAUAAUUAAUUUCAUUCUUGUAUCUAUAAAGUUUAUUUUAUAUGCACAUUUGUGGAAGUAAACUUAAUUCGCAUAA